UCAUUUACUGAUAUUUAUUCAGUGACUUUUGGAGGAUCCCGAGAAGUUACGUCCAGCGGCAUUGUUUCACUUCUGAACUUCACUCCUCGCGUUCCCGCCAUUAAGUCUCCAUAUUAUCAUUUUUCUUAAAACAGAAUAUAAACGAGUUGGCUGUAUGGUAUGAUGCCUUUGCAUUGCCAGUUGGAAAAUUAGAAUUACUCCAGAGCCAAAUGUCAUUGUUAUGCAUGGAUGUCAUGUCAAACUAAAAUUAAACCGUGAAUAUUUUCAGAAAAUUUAAAAAUGUUAAAAUUUUCUUACUUCAUGUAGUUCAAUGUAGUUGUUUAAAAACCCGAUCAUGUUUCAAGUUUAUCUUCAGUGGAUUCUAUUCAUUACCAUAAUUUUAAAAAGUUAUGGCUUCUAUGUACCUGGUGUGGCACCGGUCGAGUUCAAAAAAGGUCAAAAAAUUGAAGUAAAAGCUGUUAAGAUGACCAGCAUUCAUACUCAAUUACCAUACGAAUAUUAUUCAUUGCCUUUGUGUCUCCCAAAAAAUGGCACAUUUGUGUACAAAUCUGAAAACUUAGGAGAAGUUUUGCGCGGAGAUCGUAUCGUCAAUACACCAUAUGAAGUUCAUAUGGCAGAGAACAUUAAAUGCAAACUUCUUUGCCACAGGAAAAACGUUCCUAUCAAUUGGAGUGUAGAAGAUUCUGAAAAAGUUGCUAGUCGUAUUGAACAUGAAUAUUUUGUUCACUUAUUAGUUGAUAAUUUACCUGUUGCAACAAAAGUUAUAAAUGUUGAAACUCUAGAAAGGACUAUUGAGCAAGGAUAUCGUCUUGGAUAUAUGUCUGAAGGAAAGGCCUACAUUAAUAACCAUCUUAAACUGUUACUGAAGUACCAUAAGCAUAGCCAGGAUUCUUAUAGAGUAGUGGGAUUUGAAGUUGAAACCCAUUCAGUUUCUAAAGAUGAAUUAAUAUUUACUGAUGAUACUUGUCAAAUACCAGUCAAACCAAAGCCACAGUUAGUUAAUGAAGAUACUGGUACAAAGUUGUACUUCACAUACUCUGUGGAAUGGGGAGAAUCAGAUAUUAGCUGGGCGUCAAGAUGGGACAUUUAUUUGGGCAUGAAGGAUGUACAGAUACAUUGGUUCUCUAUUAUUAAUUCUGUUGUUGUAUUAUUUUUCUUGUCAGCCAUAUUAACAAUGAUAAUGGUACGAACAUUGAGACGAGACAUAGCUCGCUAUAAUUCAGUUGAAGGAAUUGAUGACAUGAUGGAAGAAACAGGAUGGAAAUUAGUACAUGGAGAUGUCUUCCGACCUCCUCCUAAGAGGAUGUUGUUUGCAGCUGUGGUGGGAAGUGGGAUACAAGUCUUUCUGAUGGCAUUGAUAACAAUAUUUAUCGCGAUGCUUGGUAUGCUGUCGCCGGCAAGUCGAGGGGCCUUAAUGACCGCCGCGAUUUUCCUAUACGUAUUUAUGGGGUUGAUCGCGGGUUAUUUCUCGGCGCGCCUCUAUAAUACAAUGAAAGGCAAACAAUGGAAACAAGCCGCAUUCCUGACGGCAACGCUGUACCCCGCCAUUGUCUUUGGCACAUGUUUCUUUUUAAACUUCUUUAUAAUGGGCAAACAUUCCAGCGGUGCUGUACCGUUUUCGACUAUGAUGGCCCUAUUGUGUUUAUGGUUUUGUAUUUCAUUACCGUUGGUUUAUUUGGGUUAUUAUUUCGGAUGCCGAAAACAGCCUUUCCAACACCCUGUAAGGACAAAUUUCAUUCCCAGGAAAAUACCUGAACAAGUUUGGUAUAUGAAUGUAUUGAUAUGCGUUUUGAUGGCAGGAAUACUGCCCUUCGGAGCCGUAUACAUCGAGUUGUUCUUCAUCUACAACGCACUUUGGGAGAACCAAUUCUAUUAUCUUUUUGGAUUUUUAUUUUUAGUAUUUUGCAUUUUGGUUGUGUCCGUAUCUCAGAUAUCGAUAUGUAUGGUUUACUUCCAACUCUGCGGUGAGGACUACCACUGGUGGUGGAAAAGCUUCUUUGUAUCAGGUGGAUCUGCAGUGUAUAUAUUGAUUUAUUCAAUAUUCUAUUUCUUCAAGAAAUUAGAGAUAACAGAAUUUAUACCGACGUUACUAUACAUAGGUUAUACUGGUCUCAUGGUAUUGACUUUUUGGCUUCUUACCGGUACCAUUGGAUUUUUCGCAGCAUAUACAUUUAUUAGAAAAAUAUACGCUGCUGUAAAAAUAGAUUAAGAUAAAUAUUUAGCUAAUUAAGAUAAAUAUUUAGCUAAUAAUUAUUUUGUAAGCAUUUUUUUGUGUUUGUUUAGUUUAGCGUCGCGUGAGUGUUGAAUGAACAAAGAUUAUUUUAUAUUGUAUUUUCGAGAUAUGAGCAUGAAAUAAAUAAAAAUGUUGCAUUUUAAGAUACGUUAGUAUUUUGGGAAUACAAUGUUACGUAAAAAAUAUAAUUUUCGAAUGAUAACUGUAACAAA